AUGUUCACCUUCCUGUCCCUGGUGGUCCGCCGAGUAGGUGUUCACUUCCGGCUAGCAGGUGAUAUAAAAGCAUUUAUUGGAAGGGAGACAAGUAACCAAACCACUGUGACUGAAUUCAUCCUUCUUGGAUUUGAAAAUAUGCACUCAGUUGAAAUCCUGAUUGUUAGUGUCUUUUUGCUCAUGUAUACUGUGAGUGUGGUGGGUAACCUCACAAUAAUCAUCCUCAUCCUGACUGACCAUCAACUCCAGUCUCCAAUGUACAUCUUCUUGGGCAAUCUGUCCUUCCUGGAACUCAUGAUCACUUCAGCUGUCGUGCCCAAGAUGCUGGUGAAUGCCAUCUCAGGAUCAAAGACCAUCUCUUUUGUGGGAUGCCUCACACAAUCCUUCUUCUACUUCCUCUUAGGGUCCACUGAAUUCUUCAUCCUGGCAACCAUGUCCUUUGACCGCUACCUGGCCAUCUGCCAUCCUCUGAGAUAUGCAGUCAUCAUGAGUGCACAAGGCUGCUUCCAGCUCCUGGUGGGAUCCUGGGCUGGAGGAUUCUUGAUUAUUUUGGUUCCCAGCAUUCUCACUGCUGGUCUGCCUUUCUGUGGUCCCAAUGUCAUCAACCACUUUUUCUGUGACAGUGCCCCCUUACUCAGACUCUCCUGUGCUGACACACAUCUGGCUGAACUGGUAGAUUUCAUCACCUCUGCUAUACUUCUUUUGGGGUCCUUAUUGUUGACAGUGGUUUCUUAUAUUUAUAUCAUCAGCUCUGUCCUAAAGAUACCAUCAACCCAAGGUAGGCAGAAAGCCUUCUCCACUUGUGUCUCCCACAUUACUGUAGUUACACUCUACUAUGGGAGUUCUAUCUUCAUAUAUGUCCAACCCAGCAAGGAGAACAUACUGGACUUCAACAAAGUGGGGACAGUUCUCAACACGAUGGUGACUCCCAUGCUAAACCCUUUCAUUUACAGUUUGAGAAACCAAAAAGUUAAAGAGUCCUUGAAAGAUGCAUUCCACAAGCACAUCUUCAUAAAGAUCUGA